CAGUGUACGCUCGCUGAUGGAUCCCGCGAUCCCGCCUGUGGACACCAUCGGCUACGUCAUUUUGGCGGGGACGGCUGGCUCAAGACUCUUCCCAUUGUCGGAGGACCUUCCGAAGGUACUACUCUCCGUGGCGAACCGGCCUAUACUAUGGUACAUCCUGACGGCUUUGCGACGCCUUGGUUCGUGUCGGGUUGUGGUCGUAACGACGGGGCGCUUCGAAACGCAAGUCAAGGAAGUGUGCUGCGAGUUGGUGCAACGCGCCAGGACUGGAAGUGAGGUGAGUGACGAGACCAAGGGCGAAUGCAUGGCGUCUCCGAGUCGUCACUUGCAGCUCGUGGUAGAUGUUUUGGUCGUAGAUGAGAUGCUGGGAAGUGGAGGGGCUUUGAAGGAAGCGCUGUGGCGGGAUGCGACACUCUCGGGGUGCCGAGAGGUGUGUGUUCUUGCUGGGGAUUGCUUGGUAGGCGCGGCAGCACUCCAACGCCUUCGAGCUGCUCACCAUCGUGCAUGCGUAGACUGCAGUCUAUUGCUUUGCGGACGGAAAGUCUCACUCACGCUCAAGGAUGUGAACGAUGCGGAGCUGCUACUGCUAGAUUCAGAGGGGCAUAUUGCAGCAAAGGUCAGUAAGCUUGAGCUCGACGAUGAUGCUGGAGGUGAAGGAGACGCUGAGGCGUCCCUACACCUGCCUCGGGCGUUGUUCGUGCGUACUCCUUUGCUUGACUGUCGUAGCGAUCUCGUGGAUGCACAUGCCUACUACUUUGAUGGCUUGGCAUUGCGCGCAGCUCUCGCAGCACCAGAACUUGCGCACGCGACUUCUCUUGGAGCAGAUAUUGUCCCGUACCUUGCUGCACGCUACUUUCAAGGCAUGCAACUACCUCCCUGCCGCCCUGCUCCUGCAUCGUGCGCGACCUGCACUGCCAUAAUGGCCAAUACUGAAAAAAUUACGUUGCCACAGGCCGCACGAGGCGCGGCUGCAUGCAUUGCUGAUGACUGGGAUCUUGGAGCCUCAGAUGAUGAUGACAGCGACGACCCCCUUGGUUCACACUUUGCCACGAGAGUUCGCACCAUUCCCACGUACGUAGCUGUCUGUCGGCAUGUAGUCGCGCACGCGGCAGCGUCUACACGCACCCAAGAUAUGAUGUGUUGCCAAAAAGUGUCACUCGCUAGGCGUGCGAUUUUACUCGGGCGCAAAGAUAUUACGCUCGUUGGCGAUGGUACUGUUCUUGGAGAGAAGGUUCAGCUGAAGCACAGCACCGUGGGCACGAAUGUGCGAAUUGGUGCUCGCUGCAAGAUUAACAACUCCAUCCUUCUCGAACGCGUCGUUCUCGGUGAUCACUGCGUUGUUCAAAAUUCGAUCAUAAGCGCAGAUGCCACGCUGCACGAAAGGUGCAACCUCAACGAAUGUCAAGUUGCUGCUGGCGCCAUCGUCCCAUAUAAAUUCCCAAAUCUUAAAAACAUGUCACUUUUCCACGCUCGCGAAUGGUGGUCAGCGAAGCUCGGUUGCGCUGAGUCCUUUAGUGACGGAUCAUUAGCGGUCGGAAUGAUUGAUUCAAAACAAGCUGGGUCUUCAAAAGUGAUAAUUGGGUCCUUGCAAGGUCGCCUGAGAAUCUUCGAACCUAGUCGAUACAGGAACGAAAUCGCGACUGCUCUCCUCCUGGAAUGUCAACUAGAAGCCCCAAUAUUACAAGUUGAGUUGGGAAGAUUGAUUGCACGGAAGGAAACAAAUGGUAUCGGUAUUUCAGUUCUACAUCCACACAAGGUCGCUGUAUACGCAGUUGAAGCUCGUAUUGUCAUGCUAGACUCCCUGGAAAACGAAAUUCCCAGCGCGGCAGGAGAUGACAGCAGUACAACUCAUCACGAGUUGCUUCUACAAUACAGUCACCGAUUUGACCAAGCGAUACCACCAUUUAUUGCUUUCUCGGUGUGCAUUGGUCCAUUUGGUGGUGCUCGUGGUCAUGAUCUCAUUCUGGUGCAAAGUAUAGACGGGCGCAUACUGAUAUAUGAAUACGAUGUCGGUUCAGUCUACACGCCUCAUCUCAUAAGAUUUACAAGGCGUUACCUUAGGCUGAAGCAUUUUCGAGAAGACUGCAGGACUGUCUUCUGCCUGAUACUCGCAGCCUCGACCGAUGUCAUUUCAACAACAAAUAGCUCUAUGGAGCCGGAGAACCCAAGGGGUGCGGCGACAGUUGCCAUCGGAUCAGAGGAGCUUCCUGGAACUACUGAAAAUUCAAUGGUUGGAAACGGCAUUACGUCGAGGAGGAUACUCACUGCAGACUGGAGCUUGAAUGUGGGUGAUGUACUGGCGCUUGGUGAACGGACAUUGUUUAUUUUGUCAGCAACUGGUGUUCUAAAGGCGACGAAAAUGCUUGAUUUUAGACCUAUGUCGAUGUGUGUUUACUCCCGCACGCAACGGUCGAUUCAAAGUGGCAGCACAACUUCAUCGGCCAACAUUCUUACUGACGAAGAUCAUGAUGGAUUUAUCGUCAGCACUGAUGAUGCCAGGCUUCUAGUCUUAGAUGAAUCAAGUCGUCUUACACUCCAGUACCUCGGUACAGAACCUUCAGUCGAAACUGAUGGACUUAAGCCCGGUGUUGAUGGAGAGGCCAGGGCUGCAGUACAAGGACAUGAAUAUGAUACGAUGCUGCGAGAACUUCGUAUGCUACGAUCGGGGAUAUCUUCCCAAGCUAGAACACCAGUUGAUUCAAUCAAUGCGAGUGUCAUCUUGCGUGUGCAGCCACCACGUCUCCUGGAUGCAGGAGCAGCGUGUUCUGAUUUAGACGACAAUAUGUCCAGAGAACAGCAAGGCGAAUGUGGGUUUUCCGGGGUGGGCAGGCUCUACACAACUCGUGGUGAUAUCCCUAGGAGUAGCUGCGAUCUACCAUGCAGUGUUACAGCAAGAAUUUUUGUUUCCUAUUCAGGUACUGGCAGCUUGGAUGAUGUGAUGAUUACUAUAGCUGCACCCGCUUGGACAAGUAAUGUCACGCCAAACGUAAUAGUCCCAAGGUUGCACGGCAAGGCAAAUACGCCAAUAACCGUGCAGUGCACCCUGAUUGCUCGGCCUUCGAUUCCACCUUCCGAACUUUGCGCCAAGGUAUCUGCGAUCUUUAUUAAGAACGAUAUCCCACGCUGCUCAUCAAUGGAGUUUCGACUUCCUAUGUCUCUCGCAUGUAGACUGAUCCUACCUCCGAAACGCGAGGCCACGUAUAAGCUAACAAUUCAAACUGAUAGAGAGCCAGUCUUAUUGAGCUCCGUCUUUAGUGACAUGUUCCUAUGUGAGAGCGGCACUGAGAGUACAGAUCUUGUGUCGUCUAACGCCGUUUCUUUUGCUUAUUUGUUCCACGUGCAAGAAGAAUUGGACGUUACUGAGAGUGAAUGCAGCACAACCGACCCUCGGGUUCCAAACAAGGCCAUAGCCACGAUUUUACUAUCGAGGAAUUCGGGUCGCUACCGUGUACAGUCCACCUCCAUGUCAGCCCUGUGGCUUGUUUUGGACGAGCUUGCUGCUCGUCUAAAAUCGCGGUGGGCUCACAGUGGUGGAAUAAAGAUGGCUUACACUGAACAACUUCCUCUGUCGGACUUCUAUGCCACUUUGGACAGACACCAUAAUUCGCGUAGCGCUGUCCGUCGCGCUGAAGCAAUGCUAAAUGACUCCGCCCAGCAAUAUAGAAUUAUCCAGAAGAGACUUCUAAUUCGCUUCAAAGACAGUCGCCCGGCAAAUCUCGAUAAAUUAGAUUUAAUAUUAUGGCAAACACACUCGAAUCUCCUUUAUUUGGCUUCGUGUGUAGAGGUUGCUCAUGAUGCUCGUGAUCAUGCAGGGCACAUUCUGGCAUGUGGAACGCAGUUGCUGCUCUUGUUAAUGCGAAUGCGUUUCACUCUAUCCCUGGCAGAUUUUGAUGUUCUUCGCAGCCAUUUGAGUCCGGCGGUGAUGGAAUGUAACCACGGAUCAGUAGACGAUUCGUUAUCGGGCUGGGAAGAGACUACAGAUGCUUCCCUGACAUAUCUCCUUAAAACUUCCCUGUUGAAGUCCUACCCUGUGUGUGGUCGGCGCAAUGACCAUGAGCCAGAGCCUAUUCCAAAGACAAACAUACCUCCAGUGCCACUGGCGUUUCCUGUGACGACAGAUAGACUAAAGAGGCAUGUUGCCAUGGUCUGUGACCGACUUGCGCAUGGUCUAACUUUCACGAGCAAUCGUGGGGCGCCCCAGGGACGCGCCUCAGCAUCAGUCAGGUAGUAGAUCGUGCCACUAUUUCCAGUCAUCAAGCCAAGCACCAGGCUGUAGCUUCCCCCGCGCUGCAAAAGCGCGAAGGGAGCAAGGGUGCAAAACCCAAGCCCCCACCCCUGACCGACAAGCGCUCAUUCUCGAGUAUAAAGCGCCACUACCGGG